AUGUCGAGCGAUCGCUUGAAGGAGGCCGCCGAGUGCGAGAGAAAAGCCGAGGAAUGUAUGAAGACGUCGAUGAUUAAGCUGAAAUUCAAGCCAGAUUUCGAUGGAGCCGCGAUGGCGAUGGAGCGGGCUUCCGUGUGUUAUCGGAAUGCUAAGGAGCACAGAAAGGCGGCCAACUCGCUGGUGAAGGCUGCCGAGUACUAUGAGCAGAAUCGGAAUCUGUUUCAUGCGGCCAAAGCGCGCGAAGGUGCCGGAAUGCUUCUCCGCGAGAUCAAAGAGUACUCGGAAGCAGUGGCUCUGUUCGAAAAAGCGAUAAACGGAUACGCAGAGAGUGGAAGUCUAGACACCGCAGCGAUGACUGUCGAGAAGGCAGCCGACGUGCUGAAAAAGGACGAUCCGAAGAAGGCGUUGGCGAUUUAUCAGCAGGGAUUGGCACUGGUUCAACAGUCGGAUCGCACUAAAAUGGCUGCCAACUUUUUGAAGGCAAGCACAAAGCUAUUCCUUGAAUUGGGAGAUUACAAAGGGGCACUCGUGUCGAUUCGAGAUGAGAUUGAGAAGUUUGCGGAAGUUCGGGAAUUCCCGCGAAUCGGACAACUCGCCAUCGGUCUUGUACUUGUCAAUCUAGCAAUGGAGGACUCUAUUGCGGCCCUCAAGGACUACAGUUGGGCAGUUAGCCUAUCCGACGACGUCAAGCAUUCUGAAGACGCGAGAGUCUGCGAGAAUCUCAUUGGAUAUUAUGAGGCUGGCGAUAACGAGAGCUUCCAGAAUGUGCUGAAGUUGGGAGCGCUGAGAUCCAUGGACAACGAGUAUUUGAGAUUGCAAAAAAUUCUGAAGGCGCCUGGAGGCAAUUCUGGAGGAGGAGGUGCUGGAGACGAAGAGGAAGAGGAUGAGGGAUUGUGCUAA